CUUAAAUUAGCCAAUUUUGAUGUAGCUUUUUGAAGGUAUGUUCUAUUUAAUAUUUGUAAUAUGGCUUAGGUAUCAGAAAAGUAUGCGAAUUGUACAUAUUAGCCUUAAAGAUUUUAAGGUUAAUGUUGCUUGCAAAACCAUCACCAAAAUAAUAUAGUAGCUACACAUAAAUGUUCAAGUGUAUGUAAAUAGGAAUGUAAGGUUUUCUACUGAGAGUAGUCACCAUUUAGAAAUUCAGUAUUAUCAUAGAAAGGAAGCAGCAGUGUCCAAACAUGCAUAGUAUGACCCAGAAAUCCAUGAUCACGUCAGGGCAACUAUAGCAUUUCUUGUUUGCGUCAGGAAACAUCUAGCACACACUUGAGGCACUAUUUAAAAUAAAUGUGAAUUGAAAUGCAUGGGGCAUCUUGUAAAGAAGUGAUGUUAGUUGCAGAGGCAUGCUGAAGAUGCAGACAUGGUGCUGCUAAUGGAUUAACCUCUGGUUAAUUUUUUUCUGAUUUUAUUUAUUUAUUAACAGAUCCAUAUAACAGAAAUGGCAUAGAACUCAUUUCACAACUUAAACAGUAUUAUACAGAAUUAUAAAUUGGCCCAUCUAAGUCACUAAAGAUGUAUUGAUAAGACCUGUUACAAGUUGCAUUCUCCAACUUUGUGGUGUUUAUCAUGUAUUGUGUUUGAUGCGUUUCUACUCUUUGUCUUUAUCGUCUGUCUUAUCAGUUGGUAGCGUUGGUUACAGUCUUUCAUUAUCUCAUGUUUAAGUCCAAACAUCUGUUUUUCUUACAUUUCGAGAUAUAACCUAUUUGUUAGUUUUCCUAUCAUAACUCUGUGAUAUUAAGCUUUUUCUCCUUUUCCUCCUAACUUCCUUAUUUUAUUAUCUUACUUUUUGAGUUUAAUUUUGACUGUUGAAGGGAUUUUUCCUUCUUUAGUAAUCAAAGUUCUCAAACUACCAGGUUUAGUGAUGGACAAUGACUUUCCUUCAGUAAGCGCCAAAAAGGUGUACCAGCCUUGUAAGUUCUCUCUUUUCCUUCCCUGCUGUAGAACUCUGACUGGAUGAGUUAGUUUUUCUAGUACCAGAAUAUCUCACAGUUUGAUACUAGUCUAUAGUUUUAGGGGAGUCACUCCUCUUCCAUCAUCUGACUAUGGUAAUUCUAGCAGCAAAUAGGAGAUGAGUGUUCAGUUCUUUAAGGCUUUCACAAGACAGAUUUUUUUAGGACAAUUUAAUGAAAAUACUGAGAGGCUAUCUGACAGCUGACCCCCUGUUAUCACCCUUAUGACGUCUCCAACAGUUUUUCAAAAUGUCUUAAUUUUUUAGAUUGUCCAUAAUAUGGAGAAAUUCUCCGGUCCCUGUGCCAUAAAUUUGUUUCAAUUUAAGGGGAGUAAAACACAACUAAUUUUAAUGUAAUUUUCUUUUAUUAAUGUAUUUGUUGAAUUGUGGGAACCCAUUGCCCCUUAUGUUCUACAUUCCUUAAUUUUGGUGUCUAUGCCUAACCAUAACAUUUUGGAUUUUGACUAAUGUCCAGGUCUGUUAUAUUUUCUUAAUCCAAGGGGUAAUAUUACAUGUCUUGACAUCAUUUAGAAAUGUGUAUUCCUCUGUAUUUUAUUAAAGUAAUUACCCAUUUGUAUGUAUCUUUGAUAGCUUUCUGUAGCUCAGAGCCCACACCUCCAUUAAAUCCUGACACUUUGUCAAAUUUUAAGAUUUCUCCUUGGAAUUCUACUAGUAUGUGAGCUGGAUUUGGCUUAAUAAAAAAAAAGCCAUAACAUUGGCUGCAUAUAAGGCUAAUUUGUGUUCCCUUUUUCCUAUUGUAAUUCUGUAUGUUAUAGGGUUAUCUCUGAUUGGGUAAACAACUCCAUUAAAAUGGCAAAAAGAGGAUAUAAUGGGCACCCUAAGUUUGUGCCUCUAAAAAGUGAGUGUCCAAUUUUGAAACUUGGGGCCCAAAACAAAUGUAUCUAGAGUAUCUUUUAAGAACUGCCCAUUAACCUUGUCCAAAGCUUUCUCUGCAUUUAGUGAUAAAAAAAGAUGAGGCUUAUUGGUAGAAUCUGCAAAGAUCAGGUCUAAAAUUGUGAAGGGGGUACAGUAGUCUGGAAAGAUUGAGAGCCACUGGUUUAGACAAUCUUUGGUUCGAGAUCCCUUCAUCCGUGAACAUCUCUCAAAACACUAUGAUGGACUGACUUUCUGAAGCAUGGGUUCUGCCUCCACAAUAAACUAUGGUUCUCUUUAUAUCCAGAUUAUGGGGAUCUGCUUCCUUGAACACAUCUUCUCAUGAAGGAAGGAAGCUGGCAGAGUAAAAACUUGAUUCCCUUGAAAUUCAGAAACUGCUGGGGGAGGUAUGUGGGGGAAUACAGAUAAUACUGUGGUGCGCUGAGAAUGGCAUUGGAAAUGCAAGCUAUCCCCUCAUGAGCACGAGUGUGUGGAGUGGUUCCCAAUCCUACUUUCAGGCUAGAAGACUCUGUAGCAAAAUGUGCAGUCCAGGCCAGUCUGGAAAGAACCAUCUUAAUACAAGAUGAGGCCGCGUUACCAUGAGCUUGCCCCUGAACCCCAAGCCCUUCCUGAACGGGCUGACCAGGAAGCCGGUGAUGGUGAAGCUGAAGUGGGGGAUGGAGUACAAGGGCUACCUGGUGUCUGUCGACGGCUACAUGAACAUGCAGCUUGCAAACACAGAAGAAUACAUCGAUGGUGCAUUGUCAGGACACCUUGGUGAAGUUCUGAUAAGGUGUAACAAUGUCCUGUACAUCAGAGGAGUAGAAGAAGAAGAAGAAGAUGGGGAAAUGAGAGAAUAAGUUUGUAUAUUU